UAGAGAAGAUUUUUGGGUGUAACCUUAGCCACUUGCUUGAUUGUUUUUGUGAAAAUGUGACCAAAAACUGGUUUUUAGCCAUUAAUCGGCUAUAAUGUUCAUUAUUUUUAUUGACUAGUUGAUUAUUUUGCUGUAUAUUUGCCGUUUAUUUGGUUUUUGCGUCAAGUUUGGUUCAUAUAACCUCACAAAAAAUGUACAACAAAAAACGCACUCAUGAGUGUGAGGAUGCGCCCCCUGAGAAAAAACUGGUGUCGGAGGCCGACCUUUACAUAAAGAAAUUGGCCGAGAAGCAGCGCAACACUACAAUUAAUUUGGAGGAGCAGCUUUCGCUGAAAAACUCCUUCUGCAAGUCAACAGAAUUAGUGUCUUUGACCAACUUUGCCUCCGGUUCGAAAUCAUUGCAAGAAUUUAGUUCCCUAGUUGGUGAUGUAAAAAAUUUGGAGGAAUUAAAAUCACGUGGGCUGACUGAUGACGAAAUUGAAUUAAUACAGCGCUACCACAACAGACACAAAAAAAUCAAUCACGAUGUUUUGAAAACACAACUUGGGGUGAUUUACAAUAAGUUGGGUGAAAUCCCCGAGGAGCCAAAAAAUGCAAUAAGUCGCCUCGAAAGCGAGCUACUUUUAGCAACAAAACCGACGAGUGUUGAGACAAAAUUACUAAAAUUUGCGCUUGAAAAUGAGCAAAAAAACAGUGUUCCCGGUCCUUUGGACCAACUUAAAAGCGUCGAACAACAAUUAAUGACAGACUUGGCGCCUGUCAAUGUUAAAAAAAUCAGAAAGAAGGCCAGGCGUUUGGGUAAACAGAUUAAUUCGGGAAAUCCCCCACUUAACGAACCGGAGAUUCAAUUCCAAACUAGUGGCAAUACAAAAUGGGAUUUAAAGGAUUCUCCUCAAAUUCCAAUAACAAAAACAUACACUUGUGACAAGCCGCCUAAUUAUUACACAAUCAAAGACGGCCAAAUCAUUCAAAUAAAUCAAACUGUUACGAAAUUAUCGCUUGAAGAAAUCCGAAAUUUACCCAAAUUCCAAAACUACGACAAGGGAACUCCAUCUAAUGUCUUAUUUUUGAAAAAUUUAGCAAAUGGUUUGGAUCAGAGUGACCUCGAAACAAUUUUCCAGAAAUUCGCAAAGGAAAUUUUAUCGAUUCGAGUAAUGACAGGACUUAUGCAAGGCCAAGCCUUUAUCGAAGCGAUAGAUGAAAAAACGGCCGCUGAAAUGUUGGAUCAAUUUAAUGGGCUCAUUGUAAAGAAUAAACCGAUUAUUAUCCAAUUUGGACGAAAAAAGACUGUGUAAAAUAAUAAAAUAAAUGUUUUUUUUGUCUUA